AUGACAAGGGGGCCCAAGCGUCUAGAUGUUCUUGUAACAGAAAGCUACUGGGAGGAAUAUGGUAUUGUCAGUGAUGUUGUGCCCUUUACAAACAACUACCCUCAAGCUGAUAUUCAUGAAUUGAUUUCACUGGACAUUCUCCACCAAAUUAUCAAAGGCACUUUUAAAGAUCAUCUGGUGAAUUGGGUUGAGUCUUACCUCAAGAUCACACAUGGCACUUCCCAUGCUGCACAGAUCAUGGAUGGCAUUGACAAUAAGAUUGCAGCUGUUUAUUCAUUCACAGGUUUACAACGAUUUCUGGAAGGACGCGGAUUUAAACAAUGGACUGUUGAUGAUUCAAAGGCAUUGAUGAAGGUCUACCUUCCUGCUAUCAGGGGUCAUGUCCCUGAUGAUGUACACUCAUUAAACCACUAUUUGCUUCUUAUCCGGCAAUUUGGGGCCCCCAAUGGGCUUUGUUCUUCCAUUACAGAGUCAAAGCAUAUCAAGGCUGUCAAGGAGCCUUGGCGCCACUCAAGCCAGUUCAAAGUGCUUGGACAGAUGUUACUCACCAAUCAACAACUGGAUAAACUGGCAGCUGCUCAUGCAGAUUUUCAGGCACAUGGAAUGUUGAAGGGCUCAUGUCUGUCUGAAGCUUUGCAUAAGCUUCAAAAGUGUCACUACGAGUCUGAUGAAGAAGAUGACAACUUUGCCAAUAGUGGAGCCACUCUCGCAGAUUGGCCUGGGUUUCUGAAUGUCAAUGCACCUGAGUGUUGGUCUAUUGAGGGUGAAGUCAGUGAAAUGGUUGAUGGACCUGCAGUAGAGGCACAUGUUGACCUUGCAGCAACACCUUGCUGUAGAUGUGAUGUCCAUGCACUUGGCGACGAACUGGAGCUCCCCAAUUUUCAGCAACUGAUCCAGGAAUUUAUUCAUGACCAAGCUCACACUGCCGACCCCAACCCUCAUGUAUUUGACCCUGCAUCAGCACCAUUAUUAUUGGGGAAAGUCUUGAUUUUCAAUUCCGCAGCUGCCUCAUUCUACGCACCUAGUGAUCUUAGCGGCACUGGAGAUUUGAGAUUGCAUAAUCGACUUCAUUUUACCUUUUCUGCACAUUCUCUACCAAAGCUACCUAUGACACCUCCCUGCAAGCUCUUCUCUCAUGCACUACCAUCUCCCUCCAAUUCUAGAGCCAAGAAAAUAUGGCCUACUCAAGACUCCCCCAACAACCCUUUCCUUUCCGGCAAUGAUGAAGCCAAUGCAAGCAGCUGUGAGAGCAGUGAUGAUGGAUGGCCUGUUGGAGAAGCUCCCAGGUGUGAAAGCACACCAACUCUGGCACCAGAGUGUGAGGAAAAGCCAACAAUAACCUAUGUCUGCCGAGGCCAAAAAGUGACCUUCCAUAACCCCCAAUAUCAACUUCCCGUCGAUGUUCUCAAGGCGUCUAAACUACCGAUCAAUCAUCCAGACUUUGAAGUGGCUGAGGCAUGUCCACCCCACCGGCUCUUUUCCAACAAACUCAAGCGCGAGUCUUGUGACUUCGACGAAGACAUUCCUCCAAUCAACUCCCUUGGUGCCAAACACGCAAAGAUUGAUGCUGGUGCAUCUGAGGGUGAGAAAAGUACUACGGACACCAGCUCCUGCAAGAACAUUGUCUUCCAUGCUCGGCAGGUGCAUGAACAUGGGGAGAGGGACAUUAUUUGGCGGGUAAUAGGCCCUGUGCAUCAUUUGUAA